AUGGCAAUGACGUUCACGGAAAAUAGCAUCAAGGAGCUUCGAUUACGGCUGGAGGAUGCGGUAUUGAAAUGCUCGGAGCGCUGUCUCUAUCAGUCUGCGAAAUGGGCCGCAGAAAUGCUCAAUUCGCUUGUGCCCACCGAUGGCAACGAUACGGACGCGGAAUCGCCCAUGGAGACCGAUCCUCAGCCGAAUGUGAACCCAUUUAGUGGUCAGUCAGAUCCCACCGAGGCUGCUCUGGAAUUACAAGAAGCACACAAAUACCUUCUAGCAAAGUCUUAUUUCGACACGCGAGAAUACGAUCGAUGCGCCGCUGUUUUCCUUCCUCCUACGAUACCCCCCGUUCCGCUUUCUAAUGUGUCUCCGAAUGUCAAGACCAGAGCCUCGUUGACGCCCCAGAAAGGGAAAAGAAAGUCCUUCAUACGACCAGGAUCAAAAGCCGGUCAGGCGCUGCCCCGAAAUCCAUAUCCGAACCUCAGUCAGAAAUCCUUAUUCUUAGCAUUAUAUGCCAAAUAUCUAGCUGGAGAGAAGCGAAGGGAUGAGGAGACAGAGAUGGUACUGGGACCUGCAGAUGGCGGUAUGACUGUUAAUCGAGAGCUCCCGGAUCUGGCUCGGGGUUUAGAAGGGUGGUUUGCAGACCGGCAAGAACGGAGGCUGCAAGAUCGUGGUCAAGGGUGGCUAGAGUACUUGUAUGCGGUCAUUCUUAUAAAGGGCAAGAACGAGGAGGAAGCGAAGAAAUGGUUGGUACGGAGUGUACAUCUGUUUCCGUUUCAUUGGGGGGCAUGGCAGGAACUGAAUGAUUUGCUGCCAAGUGUGGACGAUUUGAAACAAGUCGCGGAGACGCUUCCACAGAACAUCAUGUCCUUCAUUUUCCAGGUUCAUUGCAGUCAGGAGCUAUAUCAAGCCACCGAUGAAACACACCAGACUCUCAAUGGUCUUGAGUCUAUUUUCCCGACUAGCGCGUUCUUGAAGACUGAAAGAGCUCUUCUCUACUAUCACUCAAGAGACUUUGAGGACGCAUCAGCCAUAUUUGCAGAUAUCCUUAUUGAAUCACCCCAUCGCUUAGACAGUCUGGACCAUUACUCCAACAUUCUCUACGUCAUGGGAGCAAGGCCCCAACUAGCAUUCGUCGCACAACUAGCCACAGCGACGGACAAAUUCCGACCAGAAACUUGCUGUGUGGUAGGAAAUUACUACUCCCUAAAAUCCGAACACGAAAAAGCAGUCAUGUACUUCCGACGAGCACUCACACUCGACCGCAACUUCUUAUCAGCAUGGACACUCAUGGGCCACGAAUACAUCGAAAUGAAAAACACCCACGCCGCAAUCGAGUCCUACCGCCGCGCCGUCGACGUGAACCGCAAGGAUUACCGGGCGUGGUACGGUCUAGGACAGGCAUACGAAGUCCUGGACAUGUGCUUUUAUGCCCUUUACUACUACCAACGAACCGCUGCAUUGAAGCCCUACGACCCCAAGAUGUGGCAAGCGGUGGGAACAUGUUAUGCGAAAAUGGGCCAAUUACCGCAAAGCAUUAAAGCGAUGAAACGUGCUCUGGUUGCGGGGGCAUACUAUGAGCAAGGUCCCAAUGCUGCUACCGCUGAUCAUCCUGCGGCAGGACGUAAGGUUCUUGAUCCGGAUCUCCUUCAUCAGAUUGCUCUACUCUAUGAACGGCUGGGAGAUGAGGAUGAGGCUGCGGCGUAUAUGGAACUUACUCUGCAGCAAGAAAGUGGAGAGAUCGAACGCACGGAAACGGACUCUGAUGACGAUGGCGAUGACGCGAACUCAGACGAUGAGACUACUACUCGUUCUCAACGGCAACGACGACGCCAGAAGAGCCGAGGCGACGAUGACGAGGUUGAAGCUGUUGGCGGCACGGGCGUUACAGCGACAACAUCCAAAGCGCGACUGUGGCUUGCUCGAUGGUCCCUCAAACAUGGUGAACUCAAUAGAGCAGAUCAAUUAGCUGGUGAGCUGUGUCAAGACGGGAUAGAAGUCGAAGAAGCGAAGGCUUUGAUGCGAGAUGUUCGAGCGAGAAGGGAGGGUGGAGGAUGA